UCAGAAGAGGAGGCCACUUAAGAGUCUUCUCUUUGGAGCUACAGGUGGCACAUCCUUAAUCCUGGCCUCUUCUAUGGUUCCCUAAGAAUGGUGUUCAUGCCAGUGUCUGAAUGUUGGUGGAGGGUACCUUGGGUGACUGCUGAGAAGAACCCUGGGUUGAUACUGAACCUCCAACUCUGGACAAGCAGCAGCACUGAGAUCCCCAGUAGUUCCUUUCUCAUAAUUGGGUGUCUUGACAAUGAUGGCUGCUGAGAACCAGCCCUCGACCUCUGCUUGAGGGUCCUUCCUCUGAAGACAUCACCAGUGUGUGGAGCCUGCCCCACACCCACCCCCUGCCAAACCACGGCCUUUACCUGUGUCUUCCGGUGUUUCCCGUGCGACCCAUCCUGUGGGAGUGCCUCGUGGGCCACUCCAGAGUUCACCCCACGCUCAGCGGCGCCAAUGGUGAAGAUGACAAGAUCCAAGACUUUCCAGGCAUAUCUGCCCUCCUGCCACCGGACCUACAGCUGCAUUCACUGCAGAGCCCAUUUGGCCAAUCAUGAUGAACUCAUUUCCAAGUCGUUCCAAGGAAGUCAAGGACGAGCAUACCUCUUUAACUCAGUAGUUAAUGUGGGCUGCGGGCCCGCAGAAGAGCGAGUGUUGCUAACAGGACUCCACGCAGUCGCAGACAUUUACUGUGAAAACUGCAAAACCACUCUGGGCUGGAAAUAUGAACAUGCCUUUGAAAGCAGCCAGAAGUAUAAAGAAGGCAAAUACAUCAUUGAGCUAGCACACAUGAUCAAGGACAAUGGCUGGGACUGAUCGGAGGGUAUCCACCUAACCCAGUGUCCACGUGAACGCCAUCCAACCGAACAUUCUACCCAAGCGUGAGAGAGUGACUGAACACUUGGUUCCAUCCAUUUAGGGGCCUUGCCAUCUGGGGCAUUCUCCCACCCUGACACCGUCUUUCUGGUGACCGGCCUCUAAAUCUUUGUCUCUCUGUCUCUUUGCUUUGUAUCUGUUUGUGAGUUGAUCCUGGCUUCUCUCUCUCUGUUCUAGUGUUGGCUGAAAACAAAACAACAAAAGGAACAGAUAUCUGACCGCAUGGCGGCAGCCCACCUUGAUCAGGGCCCUAGGGCCCAUAGAAGAGCUGCCUGAUGGCCUCUUGUCAGGAGAGCAGUGGCACAGCACGGGGGUGUGAGGAAGAGGGGAAGGAGAGAGCCUUGAGGGUCCCAGGGGUGGGCAGGGGAUGGGCCGUUAGAGGUAGGAACAAAAUAGUGCUGCUCCCGGAGUCCUGGUAACUUAGGCUUGAAAUAAUCUACUUGUCUAAAAGGACAAAGAGAAAAAAAAAAAAAUACCUCAUGACUGCAUUCUCUCUGAUCAGAAGCUUCUGUUCCUGACACCGACAGUGCCGGGUUAGCAUGUGAGCCCAGGAACUGGCCCUAACUCCAGGGGGGUCAGGGGCCUGGUUCUCCUGGGUUGAGUUGGGGGUGUCAUGGAAGCAGAGGGUAAAAAGCCCAGGUGGUUUUGAUAACUCCGAUGCCUCACUGCCCCUUCGGGUCAUCUUUGCCUCUUCAGUCACCGUAGGUGAGAAGAGGGGGACUGCCAUCUGCAAUGGGUGCAAGAUCGAAACAUCCCAAAGGCUUUGGCCACCAACCAAGUAAAAUCAGUAAUUUAGGAGGACAGGGAACAAAGGGGGCGGUAGUUUGGGAGCUCCUUCAGAAAUGGCUCAGAUACUGCUCCAGAAACAAUAAAAAGUAGAACCAGUUAGCAAUUCUGACUAUUUAACCUUUUUUCCUGACCCUUAGUAAGAGAAGAGCCUUGUGGCAAGGAGGGGGGUGGGGUGGGGCAAUGCUGGGAAUAGUUUAGAUUUGAACCAUGACAGGUUAGUGCAUCUUUCCCCUUUGGUAUGCAGUGGCUUCGGUGAGAUCAGCAAUUCUUUGUACAUAGAGUUUUGGGUGUUUUCUCCAGUUCUAUCCCUGUAGACUUGUGGAAAACAAAGUCCCAAGGCUUUGAGCUGAGUGAUAACCUAGCCAGGAGGUUCCUUAUGCCCCUGGAGCUGUUCUCGGACUUGACUGCUUUGUGUGGAGAGAAAUUGUCAGAGUGGUCCAUUAGUGGGAAGGGCCUGGGUGUGAUAGCCAACAUCAAGUUACAAAUUCCAAUAUUAGCCUCUGCCUCCCAUCUCGCAGCCCAAACCAAAGUUCUUUAUAUUAAGGAAAUGGAGAACAAGUCCUUACUAAGUCUCCUGAGAGAAAGGAGUUUGUCACAGUUAACCAACACUGUGCGGUGCAUUCUACAAACAGCUAAGCCAGUAGUAGUACACUGUGCACGACCGAAACUCAUUUAACCGAGUUAAUUUUAUUGCUUAGACCGAAAAUGUAAUUAAUGUUAAGAUAUGUGCAGGUUAUGUUAGGUAAUUCUCAGCAUUUCAUUCUCUAAGUAGGCUGAUCCUAUAGGAACAUUCACCUUAAAAGUCACAGAAGAGUGAAUUCGUAGAGACAAGAAUCUGUAAAAUUGAUUCAUCAGGAUUCAAGCAGGCAGCGAGGGACAUUUCCAGAAUUCUGACAAAUUCCUAUAGGGAGUGAGUCCAUGGUGGAAAUGCCUUUUCAUGUCUCUGUGGUCUGAUUGCAGAAAGGGGACGGG